UCUGUGACUCAACCCUCGUAAACAAACAAAACACCACUACCACCGCCCUUCUAUCCCACUGUCCUUUCACAUUUUCCUGUCAGGAAAACAGACAGACGAUAAACGACUCGGAAAUCUGAGUGAAGUUUGAGCUGAGCUCUUUGGCCUUGUGAUCCAGACCCACAUUUGGUUUGCGUACGUUUUGACCGAGCCUAUGGCUGCUGCGCUGGAGUGCUGGUCGAGUCGAGCCAGCACGGACGAGGACAUGGUGGAGCAGGUGCUCAUGAGGACGCAGGACAGAUCGGAAGGGGCUCCUCCGGGUGGUGCCGCAUCGGGAGCGGGGGCGAAGGAGUCGACUGCUAUGCAGAAGCGGCUCCAGAGGCUGAGCCGGAACGUGUCAGAGGCGCUCGCCUCGCUCAAGAACUCGCUGAAUCUCGACUCGGCACGUGACUCGCCAUCUGCAUCCUCGUCCUCGUCAAAGAUCGAGUGCUGUAGGAAGGUGGUGUGGGGCAGCGUCGUGCGGAACCUCACGCAGCUAUACCCCGGUAGCCAGCUCCCGGAGAAGCUAGUCUCCAACAUCCGGAGGCAUUACGACUCAUUGCCGCUCAGUUAUGCUCAAGCGGGAUUUGAUAUGAAAGAAGUAUUUCUUCAUAUUAAGUUGAUAGAGGAGGCAUCAGGGGAUGACCACCCUGCGAUAUUGAUUCAAGAAGUGUCAGAUGAUGAAGUUCAGGGGUCUAUAUUCAAGCUCACGUUUGCUUGCAACUCUGCCAUUUCUUGGCCGGUGAUGUCGGGGUGGCUGGAUAACGCUUCCAUUUGUUGCAAGAAGAUACAGAUCUUUGAGAAGAAGGGGUUCACACUUGGGAUUGUUCUUCUUUUGGUUCAAGCUGGCCAGGAGAGAUCGUUCAAAACCCGGAUUGAAAAUGCUCUUAAAUCGGCUAUAAAGAAGCCUAAAACCAGUGCUGUAAAGCUCCCUUUUGGGCUCUGUGGGUGUCAGGAAGAGAGCACCAAAGGGAGAGACUUUGAAGAGAUCGACGAAGAACCAGUUGACCAAAAUUAUGAACAGGGAGUUGAGAAUUUGAGCACCAAGGUUCAGCUUCAGAUGCCAUUACCCACUUCUUCUUUCAACGUGUCGGUUGAUGAAUGGCAGACGGUCCAGUCAGGUGGGGAUGAGAUUGGGAAAUGGCUGUUGAACUCAGAUAAUCUUGAGUUUAUUGACCAGAUUGGACCCAGUUCAUUUAAGGGAGUUUACAAGGGCAAAAGGGUUGCAAUCGAGAAGCUUAAAGGGUGUGAAAAGGGCAAUUCUUAUGGGUUUGAGCUCCGAAAGGAUCUAUUGCAGUUGAUGACCUGUGGGCACAGGAAUAUUUUGCAAUUCUAUGGUGUUUGCAUUGAUGAAAAUCAUGGGUUGUGUGUCGUGACAAAGUUGAUGGAAGGUGGAUCAGUUCAUGACUUAUUGCUGAAGAACAAGAAGCUUCAGACUAAGGAAAUUUUAAGGAUUUCUGUUGAUAUAUCAGAGGGGAUUAAGUUCAUGAAUGAUCAUGGCGUUGCAUAUAGAGAUCUCAACACACAGAGGAUUUUGUUGGACCGUCAUGGAAAUGCUUGCUUGGGGGACAUGGGUAUUGUUGCUGCUUGCAAGAGUGUUGGUGAGGCCAUGGAGUACGAAACUGAUGGUUAUCGGUGGCUAGCUCCGGAGAUAAUUGCAGGUGACCCAGAGAGUGUUUCUGAGACAUGGAUGAGUAACGUAUAUAGUUUUGGGAUGAUAAUUUGGGAAAUGGUGACUGGUGAGGCGGCUUAUGCUGCAUAUUCACCUGUGCAAGCAGCGGUUGGGAUUGCUGCUUGUGGCCUUAGACCAGAGAUACCCAAGGACUGCCCACAAGUCCUAAAAUCUUUGAUGACAAAGUGCUGGAACAAUAUCCCUUCAAAGCGCCCUCAAUUCUCUGAUAUUAUAUCGAUAUUGCUGCGGCCAAACAACAGCAGCAACAAGCAAUAAUAGGUAACCAUCUUUUUAAUUUCAGUGGGACCUGAUCUGGCGAUACUAGUUCGUGUAAAACAGCUUCUGGUUUAGGAGUUGCCAUGCAUAAAUGUAGAUCUACGGUGCUUAUAUAUAGAAGUGAAGAUAUGAUUAUUAUUUC